GACCAUUAAAGAUCUCAAACGAUUAAGCAAUUACAGAAUAUUAAACCAGUAGCUAGAUUGAAUCAUCAGAUUGGGAAGAAACACCCGGAUUAAAAACUGGAAGGUUGAGUUAAAGUGAGCGCGUAACAACAUGUGCGCGGCUGCGCAAUGCAGAGCUGCCUUUUCCAACAGGUGUCUGUGAGAAAUGUUCUUCUCUCAAGAGCUUUUUCACGCAGUUUCAACCCGAGCGUCGGAGGAAUAAUGGAAAUACUUAGGUUUUUCCCAACAUGUCGCAGAUCUUAAAAUAAGACGAAAACACCUUUAACUGGAGUAAAACUUUUGUGCGCUCCCGUGAGGAUUUACGCAUGGAGAAACGUUCACUUUUUGUUAAUGGAUAUAGUCCAUAAACAUUCUGUUUCAUUUUUUUGUACUUCAAAUGAAUUAAUCGAUAGCUAUAUUGAUUCUGACCGAUUUUUCUGCGCUGGAUCUCCACCACCUGCUCUUCAUAUAUGGGAGUCUCCUGUUCUCCAACAUCUCCCAUCUGUGAUUGAUUUGGAAGACAACUAGCUCUUGAGAUGCACACGGUUUUCAUAUAUUAAUAAUGACCAUCGCAUUGAGAUCACCAAACUGAUAACUUGGGCUCAGCUGAAAGUCUGAACUGGUGGACGAUGAAGACAGUUUCAUAUAUUCUUGCUGCGUUGAUCAUCCUGAACUCAGCCUGUGUAAGUGGCAAACAAGAACAUUUUCUAGAGCCCUCUGAGUCCCCCUGGACUCUGCAGUCUUUGGCAGAGGAGGAAACGCGUUUACCCUGUCGAUUCAAUGCAUCGAACAGUGAGAUUAGGGUGGUGCAGGUGAUGUGGAUUCGAGAAAACUCAAAUGGAGGUGAAGAACAGAUUAUCACUGCUCAUUUCAGUGAAGGCCAGACAGAAAGCCCUGCAUACAGAGGGCGUGCUCGAUUCGCAACCAGCGACCCAAUAGCAGACUCUGCUCUGAUUCUCAUGGGCACACGCUCUGCAGAUGAGGGCAAAUACAUGUGCAAAAUCGCCACCUUCCCCGCUGGAAACUUUGAGUCAGAGAUUUUGGUCACAGUGUGGACUAAACCCAUUACGUCCCUGCAGCCGUUCGUCCUGGUUGAGGGCCAGUCAUUCCGUCCGGCCGCUAUAUGCCGUUCGGUGGCUAAGCCGAUGGCAGGCCUCUCCUGGGACACGGAGCUCGCGGGUCAGAGUCAGAACCGUAGCUCAGAUGGUGAAGUGGCCUCCAUCCAGUUUUCUCUCCACCCUCUCCGUAACAUGAACGGGCAGAAGCUGGACUGUCUGAUCUGGCAUCCAUCGCAGAAAGGCCCAGUGAGGAUCUCCAAUAACCUUGUAGUACACUACCCUCCGAAUGCAUUGAUAUCUGGCUAUGAGGACAACUGGUAUGCUGAAAUGCAAGGAGCCACGCUGCAGUGCAGCGGUCAAGGAAAUCCAGAACCUCAGAGAUUCAACUGGACGAGGAAAGAUGAAGCUCUACCAGAGGGUGUGACUGUGGAAGGAGGCACGCUGCGCUUUUCCAGGCCCCUGAGCUUGACAGAUCAAGGAGUUUAUGUCUGCACCACCACCAAUGAGGUGGGAUCAGGAAAAGCCGAGAUUCUAAUAAAUAUAUCAGAGUCUUCUCCGAGAAACGCAUCAGUGAACUACGUGAUGAUGAUUAUUAUUGCUGGUGUUGCUGCAGUGAUUGUUCUCACUCUUAUCAUAGUGAUAAUUUCAGUAAAGCGCUACUAUAAGCGCAAAAAUCAACAACUGGCUAUAGAGCUAGUCGCAAAAAAGGAGGAAAUCAGCACUUUAUCAAGACAAGCCUCAAUUAGGAGAGUCCACUCAGGAAGCACGGACAACAGAUACUCGGACAACAGUAAUCCUUUGAGAGUUGAAGGGACGAUACGCACAAGUCUCUCUUCACUGGAUCGUCCUCGCUCCAGGGAUAGUCGGUCCACGCUGGGAGGGGUGGAUUCACUUGGUCGCCCUGCAAUUUAUAACACGUCCAGAAGAGGUCGAGACAAACUGAUGGACAGAACUGAAAAAGAAGUUCAGCUGAUGAUAGAGUCUUAUGAGCAGGACAGUAACAUGUCACAGGAAACCCAACUUCUCCCUCCUCUCCAUCCCUCUUCUUAUUCAAUGGAACAGGCUGUUGAAAUUGUCCGGUCUAGGAACGGCAGCGCCAUUCUCCCAGCAGAGGGGAGGCCGCAGUCAGGAGGAAGCAGCAGAGGGCAUAAUUCGCCCUUAGUAUCCAUGUACCCGACUCUUACGGAUGAGGAGGAGGAAAAUUCUGUUAGCCCUACGGAUUCAGGAGUCCACAGAGGUCUAAUGGAGCCUGAUGGAUUUGAGAACGGCGGCAGCGAGACGGCGAGUUCUCAGAUAUCUGAGGCGCUAUCCAGUCAUUUCGAGCGCACUAACGGCACGCUAAUGCCCAAGUCAAAACCCAAUAACAUCCUGCUCCCGGCCAGCACAACACACUUCCUCUCGCCGCAUAGCCCAACUAUCCACAAAGCUCAGAUCGUUUAGAGUGUUUGUAUGGAAACGUCCUUAUAAACACGGUUGGUAUUCCAACAGAAGGAUGCGUUCCUCUGUAAUUUCACUCGACAAGAUGCUGUGUCUGGGCAACCAACCCAAAAAUGGAUCUUUUGUAUGAAAUUUUAUAUGACUGCAUUCUCAAGGUGGCAAAAACAUGGACCGAAUGACUAUCAGGCCAUAAUCUAAACUCAAAGCUGGAAAACAAUACCAGCAUUACUCAAAUAACUGUGUAAUCCGGAUCUGGGACGCUCGAGUAUUAUGGGUCACAACAUGUGUUUCAGGUGCAGAUUAACUAGAAUCGGCGAGUUGAGCUCCUCUGUGUGACCGGCAAUGGAUUAAGAUCUUUUUUUUUUUAUUGUUAUCACAACCUAAGGCUUCACUUGAAUUGCUGUUGAGGGAGAAAAUACUACAUGAACCGUUUCCUGGUCAGUUAAUCCUUCACUGUGACUUUUUGACCUUGAUGUCUACAAUCCAGAGAUGUACAAAUGGUGUUCUGAUAUAUUUUUUUUGAAUAUAUAUAUAUAUAUAUAUGUGUAUUAUGUAUUUUGACAGGAAACUACCCACUGCAUGAAUAGUAUUAUGAAGUAUUGCUGUACCUUGUUUUGAAAAUGGCUCCUGCAUGUUCACAGAAUGUCACUGUAUGUGUGACACUGUCAUUGUUUACAACAUUUAUACUUCAUUAUGUACUAGUGCUUUAAAUGUAUUUAGUUUUAGUAAGUGGGCAGUUUUACCGCAAGCUCCUGAGAUACUCUUUUGAACUUUCUAUCUAACAAAAUAUAAAGCCAUGGGUCCUGAUGGUAACUGGCGUAUUCAGUUCACUGCAGUGUAUGGGGUUAUUAAAUCAACCCUAAUUAUACUGCAUGCAUCUUACAUGAAUUUCAGAAAACACAAUGUUGAAUCAGGACAUUAUUGUUCGGUGCUUUUUGCUCUAAAUUUAAAGGCGUGAUGAGAAAAAAGGUACCAUAUCAGACAUAAUUAACACCAAAAUGUUACAAUAAAACUGGGGUACUUUGGGGGUACUUUGUUACUAGCCACCACUGUCAAAAAAUAAUGAAUUAUAUAAUUUAUUAUGUUUCACAAUAUUAACCAUAAGUUCAAUAACAACUUUAUUAACGAUGGUAUUACCUUGGUACAUUUUUGUAAACUGUCCCCCACCGCGCUUGGCUCCUGGUGCAGGAAAUGCAUUCAAGAAUCACUUUAGGAAUGUUUUUGCGUGACUUUUAUUUUGAAUUUCAACCCACAGGAUAUUAAAAAUCCUUUUUAUGCCACUGUCAUUCUGCAUAGAACUGCAUUGCAAUUAAAGUCCUCAAAUUUACUAAAACUGUCUCUAAACGUGGAAGAAAAUGAAAGAAACGUUUGAUACCUUGGAAAUGAUUUAUUUUGUAUUCAAAUACCCUUUUGUUAGCAGGUUGCCUCACAAAAAGAAAAAAGAAAAUAUUUUAUUAAAAUGUAAAUAGUGUUUUAAAUUAGUAUCUUUUGCAAGUGCACUCUAGUCUAGUACACAUUUCAUUGUUUCUAAUAAUACAAUUUUAAAUGGUCACAAAGCGCUCAGAAGGGGACUUUUAUUUCGUCAACAAGGCGCAUCGCCAUUCGUUUUGAUGACUGCUCACCGCGGCGAGCUUCACACCUCGCUGCUUUUAAUUCUAGGCACAUUCGCGGAGGAAUUUACCAUCCAUCAUCUUUUCUCCUUCAGUCGCGUCGACGCUCUUCCCGAUUUAUUUUAACUUCCUAAACUGUACAGUUUUGUAUAAAAGCUUUGUGUGUCUUCUGAAAAUAUACACUAGUGCUGAAAUGUGUUUUCCCUGGUGAUAUGGAUUAAUUUGUCGAUGCCUGCAGAAAUUGCCUGGACAUAAUUGUUCCACCUGACCAUGCAGAGAAUCCCGAGGAUGACAACACACUGCAAGGAUUAGUGUAGUUUAUAAAGAUCACUGCAUUUAUUACAUACAUCCUAUUGUUAUACCGGAACCGCUGUAUUAAUUUUAGCAGGUUUUUCUAAGGAAAGGAACAGGGAAGAAAGGAAAGA